CUUGUGCAAAGCCACACGCAGCUUGAUUUUGAUUUUCCAAAGCCUUGCUGGCAUCAUUUUAUCCGCAUCAAUUUGGGCUGCCAAAAUGACUGCAAUUGAGAGUUUCGACAGCAUCUACCUUGACCUCUCCAAGGAGAGCGGCAAGUGCAGAUUCGCAGAGACCGGUUUCGGAUGGAAGCCCGCGGGCGGCGGUGACACCUUCACCCUCGAUCACAGCAACAUUGGAAGCGCCCAAUGGAGUCGAGCCGCCAGGGGAUACGAGAUCCGAAUCCUGCAGCGCAAUUCAGGCAUCAUCCAGCUGGACGGUUUCCAGCAGGAAGACUACGAACGCCUCAGCAAGAUCUUCAAGAACUGGUACAGCACCGUGCUGGAGAACAAGGAACAUGCGCUGCGGGGGUGGAACUGGGGCAAGGCCGAGUUUUCCAAGGCCGAGAUUGUCUUCAACGUCCAGAACCGUCCGGCUUUUGAGAUGCCGUACUCUGAGAUUGGAAACACAAACCUGGCUGGUCGAAACGAGGUCGCAGUAGAGCUGGCGUUGCCCCUCAACGCCAACGACACCGGCACCAAUGGCCAGCUGGGCGGUGCGCGUGGCAAGGGCAAAAAGGCCGGCGCAGGCAAGGAUCAACUCGUCGAGAUGCGAUUUUACAUCCCCGGUGUGACGACAAAGAAGGAGACCGAGGGCGAGGACGCCGGUAGCGACGCCGGCGAGGAGGAGGAGAAGAAUGCCGCAACGCUCUUCUACGAGACGCUGAUUGAGAAGGCAGAGAUUGGUGAGACGGCCGGUGAUACUAUCGCCACCUUCCUCGAUGUUCUGCAUCUCACCCCCAGAGGUCGUUUUGAUAUCGACAUGUACGAAGCCUCGUUCAGACUCCGUGGAAAGACGUACGACUACAAGAUCCAGUAUGAGGCCGUCAAGAAGUUUAUGGUGCUCCCCAAGCCCGACGAAAUGCACUGCCUGCUCUGCAUUGGCCUGGAUCCCCCUCUCCGCCAGGGUCAGACAAGAUAUCCCUUUGUCGUCAUGCAAUUUAAGAAGGACGAGGAGGUGACUAUCGACUUGAAUAUUGAUGAGGCGGAGCUGGAGAGCAAGUACAAGGACAAGCUCGAGCCCCAUUACGAAGAACCCUUGCACCACGUCGUGGCCAAAAUCUUCCGAGGCCUCGGCAACAAGAAGAUCUCCUCCCCUGCAAAAGACUUCCUUACCCACCGCAACCAGUACGGCAUCAAGUGCUCCAUCAAGGCCAGCGAAGGUUUCCUGUACUGCUUAGAAAAGGCCUUCAUGUUCGUCCCCAAGCCCGCCACGUACAUCGCCUACGAGCAGACCCAGUCCGUCACCUUCUCCCGCGUCAGCGGCGCAGUCUCCGCCCUGUCCACGUUCGACAUCACCGUCGUCAUGAAGAACGGCGCCGGGUCAUCGCAAUUCAGCAACAUUAAUCGUGAGGAUCUCAAGGCCCUGGAGUCCUUCUUCAAGCUCAAGGGCCUGCGCGUCAAGAAUGAGAUUGACGAGGACGCCAAUCUGCUUGCAGCCGCUCUUCGUGAAGAGGCCAUGCUUGAGUCUGACGAUGAGGUCGUCGCUCCCAAGGCGGAUCGCGGUUCUGCGGAUGAGGAUGAGGAGAGCGUUGAUGAGGACUUCCAGGCUGACAGUGACAGCGAUGUUGCUGAGGAAUACGACAGCAAUCACGAGAGUUCCGGCUCUGGAAGUGCUGAGAGUGAUGUUGAUAACGACGACGAGGAUGAAGAUAUGGACGACGUCGAUGACGAGGAGGAAGAGGAGCGACCCAAGAAGAAGUCAAAGAAAUAAAAGAGAGCAUCAGCCGAUCCCGUCCCAACUCGGGCACUUUGGUUUAUAUGAACUGUAAUUUCACAAACUUCACAAUGGGGCAAAGAGAAAAGAAAAGAAAAGGCAAACAAUGAAGGGAUGAAGGGAAGAAUGACUAGGAUGGCGUUUUCCGGAGGCGUGUGGUUUUGCUUUUUAUCAAAGGCUAAUCGAAGCUUGGUUUAUUUUAUAACAUCUCUUUUUGAUGCUUUCAACGUCGGUUGGGUUAUUCGCAAUGGAAAGAUACGGGGUUUCUGUAGUUGAUAGUCAAAUAUAGCUACACAUAACAAGAAGCAUCAUUUCACCACUUCCAAAACGUAAAGAAAGGCACCUCAAAAACAUAUCCCGUUGUACGGUUCUCCUUUUUUUCUUUUUUAUAU